AUGAAUACCACCAAGCGGAAAUUCAACGCCUUGCUGCAAGGUAUCGGCGCGCGAUCGUCGCCUCAGGUGUCAGAUUCCGACGGCAGAACUUCUACAUCAACACGCGAUGACACCUUCAAGCCCUCAUUGUCAGCCUUCGAUCGUCAUCCUAUUUCAAGCCCGAUACCCGACACUUCAACACCAAAGGAUAUGGCCACGAUUGGAAGCUAUUCGCCCAGCACCGACCUCAACAAGAAGCGCCGGGUUGGUGUUCUUGGGUCGACGACAGCGAAUUCGACGAUCAACGCGACCGGGUUAUCCAGCGUUUCAUUGAAGAAGUGGUCACCAGGGAACAGCACGAGUACUGCGCGCAAGGACACAAAGACAGCAGCACCAAAAUACUGCCCCGGCGAUCGCGACGAGCUGAUAAGGCGACUUGGGACAUUCCAGGGGCUCACCGAAUGGACACCGAAACCAGACAAGGUCAACGAAAUCGAGUGGGCCAAGAGGGGAUGGGUAUGUCAAGGCAAGGAGCGCGUACGAUGCAUACUGUGUCACAAAGAGCUGGUGGUCCGGACAAAUAAACGGGAGGUGGAGGGCAAGGAGGUUACUAUGGUCGCUGGAUCGGAUAUCGAGGAAGCCAUGGUGAAGAAGUUCGCCGAACUAAUCGUCGAAGCGCAUCAGGAGGACUGCCUCUGGCGGAAGCGUGGCUGCGAUGAUUCUCUUCUACGGUUACCGUUGGCGAAUCCGCAAACUGCCCUUGCCUCUCUACGCGAACGAUAUGACGACCUUUGCACGCGACCAUCCUUCCUCCCCUACCUCUUCAAUUUACGACUACCAGCAACUCUAGACAUACAAACCGCUCGAUCCCAACUCGACUCCAGUUUCUUUAACGACCCUCCACCACCCAGUAUCAACCCCUCGACCCCAAACGAUGUUGCGCUCGGUCUCGCCCUUACCGGCUGGCAAGGUCUCACAAACCUGAGGAUUGGUGCAGUUCCAAACACAGCCGCAUGCGCUACAUGUCUGAGGCGAUUGGGACUAUGGAUGUUUAAAAGCAAGGAAGUUGACGAGUCGACCGGCGAGAUUCUCAUCCCAGCGCCCAUGGACCACCUCGAUCCUGUGCGGGAACAUCGUUUCUUUUGCCCCUGGCGGAAUGGGGCUGCGCAGAGGAACCCGGGUUCUAAAUUGACGGAUACCAAGGUAGCCUGGGAGGUACUGGCGCAAACAGUGAAGAAUAACUCGUACCUUUGUAGACAGGCCGAGAAAAGUAACCAGCGCCCUGCGGCUAUGCACCGCCCGACGGUGUCGGUACCGAGUACGCCAUCUCGAGGAGGAGGAGCCAAUGAGGAUCAACGGCUGGUGAUGCUAGGCCCCGACAUGGGGGAGGACGAAGACGAUGACAACACUACCAGAGACGCCAAGGACAAGGAGCGAUGGGCGAGGCUGAGAAGGGUGAAAAGCCUGUUCGACACAAAGAACGGGAAGAAACUGCGGCGCGCGAUCAGUCGACCGGGAAGUCGAGCUGGCACAGCUGCAAGUCGGCCCCCGACGGCGCACUCGAGACAGGACAGCGUGGCAGAUGAUAAGUCGGCCGAGAAGGCGUGA